UUUGUUUCCUUUCUUACAUGGACUAUGAUGAGUGGGGGAUAAUGACUUUAUGGGAAAAAGUUGAACAAUUGGGAUAUAAGAAAGAUGAAUGUAGGUGUUUUAGUCAGAGUGAUAAUGGAUUGACUGAGUUAGUAUUAGAUUUGGAGGCUUGGAACUUGGUCAAUUCUAUUGUGAGACCUAAGGUACUAGAGAUUUGGGUUAUUGUUAGGGUGGAUGGAGAAGAUGAGAGUGCUACUGGAGAAGAUGAAAGUGCAGAGGAAGAAAAUAACAGUGUAGAAGAUAAGUUAGAGAAUUUUGAAGGAAGUGAUUGUGAAAUAGAGCAAGUUGAUGAUCAGAAGUUCUUGAAAUAUACAGAUCCAGAAGUUGAGUAUACAGGUGAUGCAAAUGUUGGGACCACUCUGGACUGGAAAUCAAUGGGUAUAACAGUAGGAGAUAUCCUCAGAGAAGAAAUAGAGCAGCAGCACCGGCUGAAGUUCAAGUGAAUGUGGCAGCAGCAGAGGGUGAGUUUCCAGUGAAUUUGGCAGCAUCAGAAGGCCAGAAGUUGAAUUCCCAUUGAAUGUGGCAGCAGCAAAUGAGGACUCCCAUAUGCUAGCCAUAUAGUUCCAGAAGAUAAACAAGUUGAUCCUUUAUUAAGUGUUGGAGACAAUAUUCAAACAUUUGAUGAUGUCAAUUCCCAAAUGACAGGACUGCAUGGAAUACAAAGUGAGGGGGGAAUGUCAAUUAAUACCCAUGGAGUGAAGAUAAGUUUUGGCCAACCUCCAAAACGAAGAAAAAUCAUAGCUGAUGGAACCAAAGGCAAACAAGUUGUUGAAUCUGCUCCUCCAUCCAAUAUAGAUUAGGUUGUCUGUUUAGUAUGGAUUUAUGCUAUGAUGUAUGGAUGACAAUUUGUUUUGGAAACUUAUUUCGCCAAUGUGUAUGGGUGAAAGAUUUGUCUUUAAUGUUGACAGUUUUAGCAACCACUUUGUCACCAGUUUUAGCAAAGAGUGUGUGCCUAUGACAAUUGCUUUGUUUUUAGUUAUGGU